CCGCCGUUGCAUCUCUGUCGCUAUGGCGCUGUGCGGCCGCUCCGCGCUCCUCCCGCCGGCCCCGCGCCCCUCGCCGCGACGACCCCGCGCCGCCAGCGCCUUCCUCAGCUGCAGCCGCCUUCGAAACAUUCAGAGCAUCUUGACACAGAGCAGCAAAUCUCAACCUGAUGGAAUCCUCUGCAUUUUAGGAAUCGAUAGCCGAUACAAUGAGGGUUGCAGGGAACUGGCAAACUAUCUGCUUUUUGGCUUGUAUAACCAGAAUAACAACGACUUUGAAAGAACUGACUUUCCUGAAGAAGUUCUGGAUGAUAUAAUCAUAUUAAUAAAGCCUGACAGUGUCCAUCUGUACUGUAACCCUGUGAAUUAUAAUCAUCUUCUGCCAUAUGUGGCAUACUGGAGGAACUUGCAUUUUCACUGUCUAACUGAAAAUGAGUAUGAAGAUGAAGAAGUUGCAGAGGAAUUCAAGAUUUCCAGCUUUGUAGACAUGGUUCGGGAUUGCAGUCGCAUUGGUAUUCCGUACAGCUGCCAAGGUCACCUGCAGAUAUUUGACAUGUUCAUUGUUGAGAAGUGGCCGAUAGUGCAGGCGUUUGCGCUGGAGGGAAUCGGGGGCGAUGGCUUCUUUACAAUGAAAUAUGAAUUAAUGGAUGUCAGCGUUGAUUUGUGGAAGACAUACAGCAAGAUGGAUCCUGUUUCCUUGGAGGACUUGCUCUUUGAGGAUUUAAUGGUUUUUGAGCACCAGUGGACCAAGUUUUUUGCUAAUUUUGAUACUGAAAUUCCCUUCAUUCUGGAACUGUCGGAAUCUCAGGCGGGAGAGCCUUUCAGAAGUUAUUUCAGUCAUGGAAUGAUCUCAAGUCAUAUAACAGAUAACAGCCCUAGCCGGCAGCCCUUUGUCCUGUUCGGUAGCCACUCAACUAAGGAAAACUUGAACUCUGGUAACUUUAAUUUUCCAUCAGAAGGACAUCUUGUUCGAAACACUGGCCUUGAGGGGAGCACUGCAAAGCAUAUGGUAGUGCAGUGUGUAUCUCCAAAGGGACCUCUGGCUUGUUCAAGGACCUAUUUUUUUGGAACCACUCACAUUCCUUUCCUGGGAAAUGACAACGAGAUGCACAAGCAAGCUGAACAAAUUACGCUGUUGUCGCAAAUAUAUACUGCUGUUGUAGAGGCUGUGCUUGCUGGCAUUGAGUGCUAUGCUAAAACUUCCACUGAAUCCAAGGCAAAGGAGGUAGCAGAACAGAUACUAAUGUCUGUGUUAGAUACCCUGCAUUUAACCCAACUUAAAACGGCACUGCGCUCCAAAAUCACUUUUCAGAUUCAGGCCGUGAAUAAUCAUGGCAGAAUUACUCCAUUAGAUAACGAGGACAGCCUGAGUUUGAUUAAAACGGCGUCUAUGAUGGUAUUUGACAUUCCGGAUUUGCUCACAGGAAGAGGAUGCUUGGGAUCUGUUGUCUUUUCAGAGUCCUUUCUAACAUCCCAGAUACAAGUAAAAGAAAAAGAUGGCAGCAUUAAUUCAGAAACCAGCCACAUAAUACUGACGGCACCAAUCCCAAGAUACGCUUCUUGGCUGGUUGAAGAUAGUGAUGUGAAACUGUCUGAAAAGGCACAGCAUAUAUUGAAGGAAGACAAAUCUUUUCUGGGCACUUUACUCACCGGAGGUGAUGGAGCAUAUAUUUAUUCUAGCAAUCCACAGGCCAAGCCUGCAGAAGGCAAAGUGUACUUCUUUUCCGAUGGCAUUCUCUUUUCUGAUCCUCACCAUGGCAGCAUUUCCAUUUCAAAGAACCAUAUGAGUUCCAUUUCCUUCUAUGAUGGGGAUUCAAACAGUAUUGUUGCUGCUCUCUUCAUAGACUUCAAAAGUUCCUUGCUUGCUCAUCUACCAAUUGAAUUCCAUACCCGAGACAACUUUCUGAUGAUUGCACUUUUCCCCAAAAGAAAGAUUUAUAAAGCUUUUUAUUCACAGGUUUUCUCUUCGUGGCAAAGCCAGACAAACUCAGGAUUAUCUUUAAGGGUUGUCCAGGAAGAAUUCCUGUCUAUGGAGCAAAAGAGAAUGCAUUCCAAUGUUCAAAAGCUAUUUAAUUCCUUGCCGUUUCCUUCUGGGGAAAGAUGCAGGGAGCUGAAACUAUCUGCUGCCCUUCCAGAACUGGAGAGGUUUGUGCAACAUUUUACGGUCAGCAGCGUCAGUCACAAGCCAGUCAUGAGAGCACAUCUUCCUAUUGUACUGCAACAGUCAGACAUCGUUCCUGAUAGCAAAGCAGAAAGUGAUAAGGUGGUUAUCACCAUUAUAACGGGUCUUCCAGGAUGUCGUUCCAGUGAUCUGUGUGCUUUUCUUGUGACUUUUAACAAGGAGCAUGGCAGGUGGAUAGUUUAUAGGCAAACUAUGGAUAGUCCUGAAUGCUUCAGUGCAACCCACUUCCAGCGUUACCUCUCCAGUGUCCUGGAGGCUCAGCAGAACCGCAACGUCCGUCAGUCCGCUUAUGCUAAGAAGAAAAAACGUCUCUUAGUGGUCUUGCAAGGGUAUACGGAUGUUAUUGAUGUUGUGCAGGCUCUGCAAACUCAUCCUGACCCAGAUGUGAAGUCUUCUUUCACCAUUGGAGCAAUUAAUACUUGUGUGGAGCCACUGAGUUGCUACAUGGAACAUAGGCUCCUUUUUCCCAAGUUCUUGGACCAGUGUUCACAAGGCCUGGUGAGUAACGUGGUUUUCACAAGUCACGCUACAGAGCAGAAGCAUCCGCUCCUCGUGCAGCUGCAGAGCCUCAUCCGAGCAGCAAAUCCUGGUGUUUCCUUCAUCUUGGCAGAAAAUGGAGUUGUAACCAGGAAUGAGGACAUUGAAUUAAUUCUCUCAGAAAGCAGUUUCUCAAAUCCUCAGAUGAUGAGAGCUCGGUAUUUAAUGUAUCCUGGCUGGUAUGAAGGCAAGUAUGGAGCUGGGUCUGUCUUCCCUCCAAUGGUUCAGAUCUGUGUAUGGUUUAACCGUCCUCUAGAGAAGACAAGAUUCGUGACCAAAUGUAAAGCGAUUAAGUCAUUGCUCAAGCCAAGUCCUUUCUCUGGAAACAUUUAUCACAUCUUGGGCAAAGUUAAGUUUUCAGAUUCUGAUAAAGUGAUUGAAGUCUGUCACAACACAUCAUCUAAUUCACUAAGCCUUGUGCCUGUUCAGGAGGGGCCAACUCCUCCUGAUUCAAGAGGAGAUAACAGAGAUUGCAGCAGUCAACAGGAGUGCUUCCUUGUGUUCAUUGGCUGCUCUCUUAAGGAAGAGGAUAUAAAAGACUGGCUCAGAGAAACAGCAAAACAGAAACCUCAGAGGAAAGCCCUGAAAACCAGAGGAAUGCUGACCCUUCAGGAAAUAAAAAACAUUCACGUGAAACGCCACUUGGAUCCACUUCCAGCUGGUUAUUUUUACAACGGGACUCAAUUUGUGAAUUUUUUUGGUGACAAAAUGGAUUAUCAUCCAUUGAUGGACCAAUUCAUGAACGAUUACUUGGAGGAAGCCAACAGGGAGAUAGAGAAGUACAACAGAGAACUAGAAGAACAAGAGUAUCAUGAUCUCUUUGAGCAGAAGACAUAAGCACGUGUGUUGGGUGCAUUUCUGAACCACCUACUGUCAGUAACCAAAAAUGCUGUUGUCCUUGCUAGAAAAUUAAGUGUAAUGACAGUUUUCAGCACUCCUUUUAAAACUUAAAAGAGAUCAUUCCUGUAAGGUUGGCAUUUUAAUAUGGUAACUACUUAGCUGUUUGUACUGUCAGGUUUGCUUCCACUUCACCUUAAUUCCAGACUGUAAAAAGCAUCACUUGGAAUCUCUGGCUAGUAGUGGAAACUUAUGUAAAAGAAGAAGAAAAGAAGCAAAACUCUGUUUCCUGAUAGGUCAGAAUGUAAUCAUGGAAUUGGUCUGUCAUGCAGGUAGUCAAACCACUUCAGUCUCUGGGUGUCCCUUGAAACCUGUUGCACAGCAGCAGUAGGAUCAGUAUGUGUGAUUGGGGGAUGUUCCCAAAGCGAGAAAUGGGGGAACAUGUAAAAAACUCAGAAGAGUCUCUAAUCCCACUGCUGUCAGGGUGUUCCCAAAGCGAGAAAUGGGGGAAUGCUUCAAAAACUUGGAAUAGUGCUAAUCCCACUGCUGUUACAGGGUUCCCAAAGCGAGAAAUGGGGGAACAUGUAAAAAACUCAGAAGAGUACCUAAUCCCACUGCUGUUACAGCGUUCCCAAAGCGAGAAAUGGGGGAAUGCUUCAACAACUUGGAAUAGUGCUAAUCCCACUGCUGUUAGGUUGUUCCCAAAGCGAGAAAUGGGGGAACAUAUAAAAAGCUCAGAACAGUGCUAAUUCCACAGCUGUUAGGUGGUUCCCAAAGUGAGAAAUGGGGGAAUACUUCAAAACUCAGAAGAGUCCCUAAUCCCACAGCUGUCAGGGUGUUCCCAAAGCAAGAAAUGGGGGAAUGCUUCAAAAACUCGGAAUAGUGCUAAUUCCACAGCUGUUAGGUGGUUCCCAAAGCAAGAAAUGGGGGAACAUGUAAAAAACUCUGAAGAGUACCUAAUCCCACUGCUGUUACAGCAUUCCCAAAGCGAGAAAUGGGGGAAUGCUUCAAGAACUCGGAAUAGUGCUAGUCCCACAGCUGUUAGGAUGUUCUCAAAGCAAGAAACAGGAACAGUUAGGAAAUUCAAAAGAGAACCUAAUCCCACUGCUGUCACAGUGUUCCCAAAGCGAGAAAUGGGGGAACAGUUAACAAACUUGGAAUAGUGCUAAUCCCACUGCUGUCAGGGUGUUCCCAAAGCGAGAAAUGGGGGAAACAGUUAACAAACUCAGAAGAGUACCUAAUCCCACAGUUAUUACAGUGUUCCCAAAGCGAGAAAUAGGGGAAUGCUUAAAAAACUGGGAAGAUUACCUAAUCCCACUGCUGUCAGGGUGUUCCCAAAGCGAGAAAUGGGGGAACACUCAGGGAUCUGCAUUUUUCUGAGGGACUCUUGUGUGUCUCAUCACCACUGCACAGUUUGAACCUGCAGUUGAAAUUUUGACUUGUCUAAAGCAAAUAUGUUCAUACAUUUCAGGGUGAAACGAGUUAAGUGGAGAGGUACCUUGUUUUCUACCCAGUUAUUGCUGUGGUAGAAAAUACAUGACAUGAGCGGCGGUAAUCUGCAACUUGCUGUUACUUAGAAGCUUAUCUCUGAAGGAUUCUUAUUUCAGCAUGAGAAAACUUAAGCAGAGCAAAAGAAAAGGGAGAUUCUGAAGCUGAAGAAUUCCUUGUUGUGAAAAUGACUUAUUUCCAAAGGUAAAAAAUAUCAGAAGAUACACUUGAAGUGUUGAAAGAACUUGUUUGUGAAGCUUUCAAAAGAAUUUGCACGUCAUAGCAUUUCACUAAACUGAUGCAGCACGUUUUAAGUACUUGCAACCUUAAUAGCUACUAAAUUAUAUAAUAGGAAUUCUCACAACUUGUCCUUUAACCUAAUUUAGUACAAAUUUCAGUGAGAUUUCAUAGCUCGCUACUGAAGGAUUAUAAGGUAACCCAGCAGCUACUUAAAGGUAAUUAUUGAAGCCUAUUUGAAUAAGCAGAUUAUUGUACCGUUCUGUGUGUUCAGAACGUAGUCAAAGGAAAACAGACCAUGAGGAAUUCUUUACUUUCAUAUUCCUUUGCCUCAGGAACAGCUCAAUCUGUUAAUGCAACUGCAACUUUUCAGUCGGAUGUAUGUAAUACAGUAAGAAAUGGGAGGAGUAAUUCCUUACAGUACACUUAAAAUACUUGUAACAUGUCCAUGCAGUCUCUUUCUGUGGCAGGAAAACAGGAUUGAACUCCUGCCAUCAAACCUAAGGCUAGAUACAGUUUUAUGCCUUCCUUAGGAGAUGUAUUUUUUACCUUUGGAAUAUGAAAAGGCUGAAAUUUCAAUAACUGAAACACCUUUUAGGUAGACUUUCAGUACACAUUGCUACUAGCUGGCUCGGUGCCUGCGCUGUGGUGGUUACACAGCACAGAGGUGGAAUUCCAGGUGCUGCCGGUUGGGAUCUAGCUGUUGAUAAGGUUUCGUUCCUAGCUUUCCUUCUAGAUUUAAGAAGCUGUCUGAAUUUUAGAGUUAAUUUUGAUUUUGCACACCACGAGACUUUAUAAACUACUUGUAUCCUGUUAAAGUACAAUUAAAAGCCAGCGAUUAGUUUGUGUUUCUAGGCUUUGUGGGGUAACCCAUGUUACAGGUAUAGAGCAUCAUGGUAAGGCUCGUGAGUUUAUCUAUGCAUGGCUAUACUUUAGUCUUAAGAUACUGUAGUGCCUGGUAGAGUAAGUGUAGCUAGCAGUGAAUUGGGGGGGCUAGCAAGCGGUUUACAAACUAAGUACAAUUGGUUGCAUGUAACUAUUGAUCGAACCAGGAUUAUUAGAGUAUAAAAUCCUGGUCGUAACACUGCAAUAAAAAGGGGCAUUAGAAAAUUCUUCACAAAUUCUAGUUCUUUACCGAUAAACUUAGUGUAAACCCAGCGUGCUCCUUUCCAGUACAAGUUAUCUAAUCUGCAAAGCCAUAUUUCUAGACUAGUGGUAUGUAACGUCGGAAGAAACUCCAGUGGUUGGGACCAUGGGCAGGUCGUCGGUGCUUCGUCUCAACUCCUAAGUCAGUAUCAGAGUAGAUUUAAGUGCAAUUGACCAAUAGAUGAAGAUACUGUAGCUUAUUUUGCUCUGCUGAACUCUUUUUAAGAACUCCAAUUUGUGCAGCUCUCAAAAAGAAAUGUCGAAUGGGCCUAAUUCAUCCGGGAUCAUAUUAAAUUAUGAGGUGCCCUAUGAACAAAAAGGAAAUGAGUAUUCCAAAAUUGGCUUGCUACUGUGCAAAUGGAGCUGUUCCUUAAAAACUGAAGCAGAAGAGCUUGGAACAAAGGCCUAGUAUACUUCUAUACUGUACUGCAUGCUAUAUGGUAAUAGCUGUGUAUUAAGAAGACCUUUCACCAUACUGGUACUAUUUCAAUUAAUAUAUUUUGGUAUUAAAAGAAAUUGAUUACCUCAAUUACUGGUUUUUUUUCCUUAGUUUUUAACUGUGACUUUAAAACAGGGAAAAAAAAGAUACUGAAAUAGUGAAACUGUGACAAUGAUAUCCUUUAAACAUAGUAGUGCCUUGCAGGUGACCCCAUUUAUUCCUGAAGCAUAGAAUAAAUGGGUGUCAUGGGUUGUAUUGCUUGCACCCACUUUUUGGUUUUUAAAGGAAAAACGGUUUUGGUGAAAGGACUUAAAAAUUAACCUAGUGAAAGAAUAUUAGCACAAAUGGUUAAACUGUAUAAGAGAAAACUCUUUGAGGACUACAAUGUGUAAAUGCCUGAUGCUGCUGAUAGUUUAAGAGCAGUUGCUGAUUAUUUUGGAGUUCCUUCUAACAAUCAGCAGCACUUUGUUUUUGUAGAAGAGGCUAACUUUUGUACUCUGGUGGGAGAGUUUAUACUGUACCAAACCCCAUCUAUAGGGUAAUCUGGUUUCCUCACUCUUGAAGUUAAGGCGAGGAUCGAGAUACUUCUAGUUUUGAAACUCUUUUUAGCUACUGUAAAACUAUUAAAAACAACUAAAAGCACCAUUUCUAAGCCACAAAUGUUUGGAUACAGAAGAAGUGCCAUUACACUGUACCUUUCUAUUCACUGUAUUCUGAAAAUUGGUGACAGUAUCGUUGUGUCCAGGCAUUUCUGAUCUGGUGAAGAAGUGCUGAGAGUCCUCAAGGGGUUUACGUGCUUUGCUGACCUUCAUGUUAGCAGCUUGUGGUGGUGGUUUUGUUAUUUUCCUCACCGAGAAUGAGUGUGAUCAGGAGUUACUGAAGUUAUAGGGAGAACAAAAUGUGAUAAACUUAGGAGAGGAACGUUUGCAACUGGAUUCAUGCUGCAAUCUCGGAGUGUUUUAUCUUUAAGCUGUGCAAUUUGGUAUUAGUCUGAUUUUACACUUCGCAAUUAACAGAAGGGAUUGCAGAGGGGAUUUAAGUUGCACGUAAAAGUUCCCUAAUAAGUUUCCUUUUAUUAUUAUUAUUAUUUUUAAUUGAAACUUUUCUGAAUUUGCACAGAUUUAAGCUCUGGAAUACGUUGGUAUUCUUAAAAGGGAAAAAAACCCCAAUUGCAACUAGUAGAGUGAAUUGUAAACUGUGAGUUGGUAGAACCGCGUUAUUGAUCUAAUUUAGAUUGUUUAAAGAUGUACCUCAGAAAGCUAGUGAGAAACUGCUUCAUUUUGACACAAGGGUCAGAUACUAAUGUAACACUUCUCACUUUACAAUGUGCCAAAAUUCACUUUUAUACUAGUUCUCAAUGCUUUAAUAUUUGCAACUUUAAGUUAAGAACUUGUCUUUACAAACACUACUGUAACUUCAGUUAAACUGAAUGGUGUGAUUGAAGCUUUUUGCCUAUCGUAUUUAUUACACAACUUGAUCCAGUAAAUAUAAAAUUACCUUUCCAUUUAUUUUUGUAUUGUUUUACAUGUUUAUACCUGCAGUUUUGUGUGACUUUUACACCUGUAACUCAGAUGUGAUGGAAAGAACCAAUAAACAGUAUCCAUCUGCUGUUGGUUUUUGACUCCUUUAAUAAACCACAUCCUAAACUUGAA